AUGGAGUUCUUGCCGCCGUUCCAGCGCGUGCUGCAGCCCGAGGAGAUGUGGCUUUACCGAAACCCGCACGUGGAGGUGGAUCACGUACCCACGGUGCCCAUGUUUUUCAUCGCGUUUCUGUCUCCCUUAUUGCUCAUUGUCCUGGCAAGGGUGUUCCUGAACGCCGACCGAGAGGACACGCGGGAAGCCUGCCUUGCUGCCAGCCUUGCUCUCGCCCUGAACGGGGUUUUUACAAAUGCCCUGAAGCUCAUCGUGGGGAGGCCACGGCCGGACUUCUUCUAUCGAUGCUUCCCCGACGGACGAGCGAACGCGGAGCUGGUGUGCACGGGUGACCCUGGCGUAGUCACCGAGGGCCGCAAAAGCUUCCCCAGCGGACACGCCUCGUUCGCCUUCGCCGGCCUCGCCUUCUCUGCCUUCUACAUAGCCGGGAAGCUGCACUGCUUCGCUCCCGGCCGCGGAGGCAGGGCUCUGCGCCUCUGCGCCUUCCUCCUCCCGCUGUUCCUCGCCACCCUCAUCGCCGUGUCCCGCACCUGUGACUACAAACACCACUGGCAAGAUGUGUUGGUUGGCUCAGCCAUCGGCUUCGUGCUCGCCUACCUCUGCUACAGGCAGUAUUACCCUCCUCUGAUGGACUCCAUGUGCCACAAACCGUUUCUGUACAAACCCAAACUGCCAGCGCCCCCAGGAAAGCCUGCAGCUUCCGGCUUUCACCUGGAUAUAUAG